CGCCGUGUGGUCCUAGCCAUCAAACCUGGAGCAUCAGGUUUGGUAGCAGGCGUUUAGCUGUCUCCGUGGUUCAUAUGUUCUUUCAUGCAGAGUGAAUGAAAAAAGGAAUGGAAAAGGAGGACACGAUUGCUCUUAGGUAUGGAGGAGGAGAAGGUCUCUCCAAUGGCUGCCAUGUUCAGGUCUGUCCCACAGAUCUUUAGGGGCCGUCAGUGUGCACCAGGCCCUCUCUCAGCAAGAAUGCUCAGCAAGAUAGCAGAUGAGAAACGUCCCCUGGCUGAUAAAGUGGCUGUGAUCACUGGCUCUACAAAAGGGAUUGGUUUUGCCAUCGCCCAGCGUCUGGCCCAGAAUGGGGCCCAUGUGGUCAUCAGCAGCCGGAAGCAGCAGAACGUGGACCGUGCAGUGGCCAUGCUGAAGGAAGAGGGGCUGAGUGUGACAGGCACUGUGUGCCAUGUGGGGAAGGCUAAGGACCGCCAGCACCUUGUGGCCACAGCCUUGGAGCACUCUGGGGGCGUUGACUUCCUGGUGUGUGUGGCGGGCGUCAAUCCUUUGGUGGGAAGCACCCUGGGAGCCAGCGAACAGAUCUGGGACAAGAUCCUGGAUGUAAAUGUGAAGUCCCCAGCUCUGUUGCUAAGUCAGCUGCUGCCCCACAUGGAGAAGAGGGGGGGGAGCAGUGUUGUCUUGGUGUCCUCUGUAGUGGCUUAUUUACCGGUGCCCAAACUGGGUGUCUACAACACCAGCAAGGCGGCUCUGCUGGGCCUCUGCAAGUCUCUGGCUAUAGAGCUGGCUCCGAAAGGCAUCAGAGUCAACUGCUUAGUGCCAGGGAUCAUCAAGACCGACUUCGGCCUGGGGGAGAAAGCAGUGCCAAACCUGCUGCCUGACCUGAAUAAAAUCUACGGACUGCAGCGGUUGGGGGAGCCAGAAGACUGUGCUGGGAUCGUAUCUUUCCUGUGCUCCCCAGAUGCCAAAUACAUCACCGGGGAGAACAUCGUAGUAGCUGGCUUCUCCCCUAAACUGUGAAGAUGGGUGUUGAGGGCCUCGCCUGGAGAGCAGAGGGCUCGGUGGGAAAUAUGUAGGUAAAGAGCCUACAUCAUAUCGGGAGCACUCACUUAGAAAUGGUGAAGGGAGGCGGGUGUUUAACGUUCUAUUCGGAAUAAAUUUGUUUGGAUACUUCUGGA